AUGUCCAGCUCCGCUAAUAUCCAGACAGUCGUCUUGUUUGGAAUUAUCGCUGUUGUCUUACCUAUUACCUUCCGCAUAGUGUCCUCGCCUAUCGUCCUGCUGGUACUGUCCCCGCUCUUCCUCUUCAUCCUAGCCAUCGCUUUCUUAGCACUUCACGUCUAUUUUGGACAUUACAUUGACACGAAGAACCAUGCCAUCCAUCCAAGACUCUUCAAUGCAGCACGACCUUUCGCUUUCUCAACCCCGGCAGCAUGGCAGGCGGUCGUGACCCGUUCGCAAUGGUCCCAGAAUACGCCACAAUCUUUCCCACCUCUGUAUCCCGAGUCACCAUUAGUAUCCGAAGCGCUGAAUGAUAUAAUUAUCAAGAUUGUCAGAGACUUUGUCAUGGUAUGGUACCAGGAGAUUUCGCCCUCGCCCGCAUUUCCCAUGGCGGUAUCUACGGUGAUACAUGAUUCAAUAGAGAAGGUGCUGGAUAGAGCAACAGGGAUUGAUUUCUCAGCUUUGGUAGUCAAACGCAUUCUUCCAAAAAUUACCGCACACAUCGAGCUGUUUCGACAGUCCGAGAUUGCUCUUCGUGGAGCCGGUCUAGAACGUCGUUUGACGCAAUCGGAGGAACUUGAUCUCCUUCUUGCCGGUAGAUAUGCAACUGGCAUGGAUGCAGCGAAAUUGCACAAUGCUGUGGACAAUUUAUCGACCACCUUCACCAAACAGACGGAAGAAAUGCAUCUUCGGCAUUUGGUCGACAGAGUACUUCCCCACGUUCUUCCAGAAACUGAGGCUCGAAGCAAGGCUCUCAAAAUCGUUGUUCGGGAGAUAGCAGCUUGCUCUGUAUUAUAUCCUGUCAUGGAGAUGGUGGCAGACCCUGACUUCUGGAAUCGGGUUAUUGACCAGAUUGCGGGAGCUGCAAUUCAUCAACAAAAACUGAUUACCAAAGUGCGCAAUGUCUUGGAAGCACAGUCACCUCGACGUCAACACCGAUACUCCUCUACUCCUUUGAGCUCUGCGCACAACGAGUUGAUUACCAUUCGUACUGAUCCGCAUCAAUUUGAAUCAUUCCUGCGCAGUAUCAGUCGUUUCUCCUCCUUACUCGAUGCACGGAGGUUGAAAAACGACGUCGUUGGUGAGAUUAGAAGGACGAGGAUGCUGCUUGCAAAUCACGAGAAGGAUGACUGGAUCAACGGAGAGAAAACCGAAGAUGUUGUUGCCUUCCUUGACCGACUCUAUACUGCCAAGCGUAAAGUGGAGGAACGAAUUGUGGUUCUUGGUGGAGAGGAAGAUUCUCGUCAGUCAGCAUACCCAGAGACGGGUUCCAAGUCGGGACUGACUCUACGAGAUGUUCUUCGAAAUCCGAGCUCACUCUCGUACCUCAUGGAGUUCAUGGACCGAAGGCAUCGAUCACUUCUGGUUCAGUUCUGGUUGACUGUAGAGAGCUUCAAGAAUCCUCUUGAACCCGUUGACUCGGAUUCAGAGAAUGAAGAAGAUGAAACGAUACAAGAUCCUACCACUGCCAUCACAGUGAAAGAAGAUAUAUCCAUGAUUUAUGAGCUCUAUUUUUCCAGUCCUACACCCCACCCCGCCCUAUCCUGUAUCUCUCAAAAGAAUGCAGACAUAAUUCGCGACUUCGCCAAGAAUGAGGUUACUCCUUCGCUUGCAAGUCAGAAGAGAGUACGCCGCAGUGUCAUGACCGCGCAGAAACAAGUAGAAAUGGAGAUGGAACAGGAUUUUGAGGAAUUUGAACGAACGGAGUUGUGGUUCCGCGUGAUCGAAGACACCGACCUUUCCAGCAAAAAGAAGUCGGUCGAGGAAUCGCCUCAAGAUCAACAUGCCUUGGUCAACUAUUCGACGAAUCAGCUGCCCUCCCAAUCCAGAGUUGGCUUGGGCCAUGUGCCCCCGUUCUUACAGCGUUCGGAGUCGUCACCUGGCUAUCUCAUGCGACGUACGGCCAGCUCAAGCUCGGGAAGCUCUUCUCGGAGCAGGCCUAAUUCUCCACCCCCUCUUCGUGCGCCACCAUCGAACAUUGAGGUCUUAAUGUCUCCUGUUGUCGAUCCUUCAGAAUAUAGCCGUGCGCCACUGUUUGAUGGUCCCGACGAUCAGGAGCAAAAAGCAGAGGAAAAGAGGAUGGAUGCCAUUCAGGCUGCGCUCACAGACAUCAUAGCUCUUGAGGGCGAUUCAGAGAAAUCGCUUGGUGUCGAACACCGUGAUGACGCGUCGAGUUAUCGAAGUAUGCAUUCUUCAGCUAAACAGAAGCGAAGGGCAGUGUUUGAUGAUUAUGAUGAACUUGAUGAAACCGAGGAUGACCACCGUGAUGAUGCUCGUGAUGAACACCGGUCGUUCCAGCUUGCCGCUCCUGGUGACCUUCAGCUUUCCUACGAAAUUUCUCGCUUGGGUGACAAAAUUACGAGUCUUCAAGCACAAGAUACUAUGCUUGACAACCUUAUCAAGAAAGCCGAGCUGACGGGGGACACUCAAGAGCUGAGGCUUCUCAUGAAGUCAAAAUCUGCAAUGAACCGGGAGCUUCGGGAGCUCCAGUUCCAGAAAUCUCAGUACGAGCAGCAGGAGUCAGCAAAUCGUCUGCUCUCUGACCGUACGAAGGUCUCGAUCGUGAGCUCCACGACUGGAGAAGAGGGCGGGAAGAUGGUGGUGCGGUAUCUCGUGGAAGUUCAGCAACUUGGUCCUGAUGGAGCCUUCGCUUCCGGAUGGGUUGUUGCGCGCCGUUAUAAUGAGUUCUUGAACAUGCACAAUAAAUUGCGAGAAAGGUAUGGCUUGGUCAGGACUCUGGAUUUCCCCGGAAAGUUGGUCCCUGCUUUGAGUGGUCACUUCAUGGAUGCUCGACGAAUUGGUUUGGAGAAGUACCUUCAGAAUGUCGUCGCGAUACCUAUCGUUUGUGAGAGCGAUGAACUGAAAUCGUUUUUAUCCCGUGAUUCUCCCUUCGUGGCGUCGCAAACCCAGCCUUCUACUUCGAAGCCUCAGGCCUUUUCCGGAACUGCCCUUGUUCGCAAUGUUUAUCGCUCUGUUGCGGAGAGUAUUGACGAUAUGUUCUUUGGACCGUCCAUGCUUGACGUCAUGAUUCAACGCCUUACUCGUCAAGCCGCUGAAUUUGUUGGUAUCGUCGGGUCCGGCGUUAACGACGAAGAGCUGGUUGCUCAGGCGUUGGAUGCCGCGGGAAAGAAUUCUUCCGAAGCUACGCUCUCACGAUUGUCGGCCGAUCUUAAGCCUUUAGACGGGGAAAGCAGCACUUCAACCUUCACAGCACCUAUCUGUGAUUUAAUCCUUGCGAUAUUUGAGCUGAACAAACAGAACAACUGGCUUCGUCGACAAGCUAUUGUCAUAAUUCUUCAGCAGGUUUUAGGAGGGACUAUUGAAAGAAAAAUACGGGAAACCUUCAAGUCACUUGUAGGAGAAACUCGCCUCAUGUCUUAUAUUAAUACCUUUCGGGAUGGCCUGUGGCCUGGUGGCAAGUUAAAACCUCCAGGCGUACCCCGAACCUCAGAAGAAAGGCUGAGAACACGAGAUGAAGCAAACCGCAAAUUAUCUGCCCUUUUUCCUGAUCUCGCUGCUAACAUCAUGGGACGAUCGAAUGCUCGUCGUGGUGCCCGCAGGAUAUUCGCUGUCCUACAAAACCGAAGAUUAAACCAACAUAUAGCCUACACGGUCGUCGACGAGGUCGGUCUUACAGCAUUUGCUCUUGCCGGAUCACCUAAUGACUUGAUGCUUAGAUUGUUGCUGCUCUCUUUCCCGAAAUAA